AUGGAGAAGCUUGAUCACAUUCUGAGUCAAACUAUUAUAGUUACCAGUGAAGAGGUGAUCGAGAUGGUGGAGCGACUAAAAGCUGAAUUCAUCUACCUGCAAAAUAAUAUUGUCUCUUGGUCAAGAAGUGAAAGAGAAAAUGUGUGGUUGGAAGAGGUGAAGGAACUUUGCAAUUAUACUGAAAGUAUUGUGGAUAAUUUCAUCCUUGUCAAGGAAAGAUGGUCUAAAAUGGGUAGACUUAAGAAGCUCCUAUAUCUAUUAGCCGAUUAUGCUUCUGAAAAUGAAUUUAAGAAGCAGCUGAAGUAUAUCAGGACCCGAAUAGGAGAUGCAACGCACAGAAGUUUGACUUACGAAGUUGGGGGACUACUAGACAUGGGACUGGAAUUAAAAAACACAACUCCCGUUCCAGACUUCACACAAGAGAGCUAUAUAAUUCUCGACAUCCUAUUCCUUAUUGCUACUACUCUUUCCGACUCCAGGCCACUAUCCUUCUUGUGCCUGAUCAUUUUCUUUUUUGCCGUUUACAUGAUAGUUGAUGCAAGAGGAAAAAGAACAAAACGGAAAUCCAAGUUCAGUUUGAAGAAGAAGAAAUGGAAGGGAACGAAAACAAUAAGAUGGUUUAUUCGCUUCUUGUUUUUCACUGUAAUUUAUUUACCAAAUUUCUACCUUUUUCAGUUUCACCCUUUUCUGUCAAUGUUCCUUUUCAUGUUGAGUUACUUACUUAUUGAAGUUAUUGCAUGGAGUAGGAAUUUGUGGAGGUCUUUGGACACGAAUUUGAAGUGUACACAAAUAUAUUUAGCUCAAAUUCGUGCGUUUUUAAGUGAUACUACUGAGAGUGCAGAAGGCCUAAAUAAAAGGCAGACAGUGUGGGUGGAUCAACUGAGAGUGCUGUCUCAAUAUGGUCAAUCUCUUAUUGAUGCAUAUCAAAAAGGUAAGGGUGGUUGUUUGAGCAGAAUUAAGUUUUCCAAGGACAUUAACUGUUUGUUGAAAGAGAUUCUUGAUAUAUCAGAUAGGAAGGUCAUUUAUUGCAUUGGAAAUAUUCAAAGAACACGCCAAGAGAUUCUCCCUUUAUUAGUCCCAAAUAGAAGCAUUCAAGAAAGAGAUAUUGAGAAUGAAAUCAUUGCUGAACAUGAUGAAAGUUCGGAUGCUACGCCAGCAGCAGCUGCCUCUUCCUCCUCAUAUCAGCCUGUCACGGGGUUCAAAAAGAAGGUCCAAUUAAUCCGAGGGGAAAAGGAUUUGAUGGACGCGUUGCUUCUGGAUGCAAAUGCAAUGGGAGAACUAGAUGGAAGAUCCAGAAUCUGGGUGGAGCAACUAAGAGUUAUUUCCCAUGAAGCGCAGUCUGUCAUUAACAAAUAUUAUGCCAAAUUGAAGCAUAUGCCAAUUCUUAACUACAUUUUUAAGUACUGGACCCGACAUGUUGUUAGUAAGAAGCUAGAUGGUAUCAUAAACAAAAUUGAAGAUACUUCUAGGAGAAGAAAAGCAUAUGGUUUAGUGCAUAUUCAAAGCCGAGUCGUAUCCAAGGUUCAAAUAUUACGUGCAAGAAUGCAACCAUCUCUUGUUGUCAAGAAUUCCAGUGUGGUUGGAUUUGAUGAUGACACACAAGUUCUGAUGGCAGAGUUAUUGUCAGACGAGAAACGUCGCUGCAUUACUUGGAUUGUUGGAAUCGGAGGCACUGGUAAGACAACACUAGCCAAGUUGAUAUUUGAAGACAACACUGUUGUAACUCAUUUUCAGCAUCACAUAUGGGUGUCACUGCCGUCAAAUUGUACGACAAACCAAUUUGUUGCUGAAAUUGGCAAGGCAGCCGCCAAGCAAAUUACUGUAGAAGAAGAAAACUUGUCCACUAAUUAUUUACUCGGAACCUUGGCCUGUACGAAGUACUUCAUAGUUGUUGAUGGCAUAGAAAAAACAUCCAAAGUUUACUUGGAUGCCUUGAACAGGGCCAUACCCGAUAUGUCAACGGGAAGCAGAGUUCUUUUUACCACUCGCAAUGCAAAUGUAGCCCAACAUGCAGCAGGUAGAAUCAUUCUUCACCCAUUACAGUUAUUAGAUGAUGAAACUAGUUGGCUGUUGUUCACAAGACAUUUGAAGGUGGACAUUCCCCCCAAGUCAGAAACAGGACUUAUCAAGAUUGGAAAAAAUAUUGUGAUGAAAUGUGGGGGGUUGCCAUUACAAAUAUUGAAAAUGAGUGAUUUGCUUUCUCAUAAAGACAUUACACAUGAGGAGUGGUCGAGCGUGUUGGGGGGCCAGCAGCUCAAUGAAGAUCAAAUGCAAAGUUGGUCUGAAAUGUCAGAUACAAUUAAUACAAACUUACCUUCAUAUCUGAGAAGAUGUCUAUUUUACUUUGUGCUAUUCCCCGCUGAAUUUGAGAUCCCUGUCAGAAGGUUGGUUGUUUUGUGGGUUGCCGAGAGUCUGGUUCAUCAAGUAGAAGAUAACGAAGUGCCCCCGGAGCUAGUUGCAGAAAGGUACUUGACAGAGUUGAUAGAUCGGAACAUGGUCCAAGUUGCCAAGAGAAAGCACAACGGGAAGGUGAAAACAUGUCGUCUCCCUAGUACUUUGCAGCAACUGUUGUCAAAGGCUAACGAGUCUAGAUUUCUACAAGGCCACGGAGCUGCCAUGGAUUCAAAUGCAGACCCAAAAAAGUCUAUUAUUCGUCGAGUUGUAGAUCAUCUUGAUAAAGAUGAUAUCUGGAACGAUCACAUUCAUGGUGACAGUACUGAUUCAACUUCCUUUCAAACCUAUUACAAGGACGUUCUCUCUUUUCAUUCCUUUGAUACUCAGGAGGGGAGUAAACCUGGACAACAAGUAGGUAACUUUCUCAAGGGAUGUAUUUCAAGUGAUAACUUCUUACUCCUUCUGGUGCUUGAUCUUGAACGCGUUUACAAGCCCAACUUGCCCAAAUGCAUAUCAAGACUUACCCGGCUAAGGUAUCUUGGGUUGAGAUGGACCUACUUAGAGUCACUUCCAUCAUCUAUAAGCAAGUUGUUGAAGCUUCAAACACUUGAUCUCAAACAUACUUACAUACAUACUCUACCUACCUCAAUCUGGAAGAUGGAACUCAGACACCUCUUCUUGAGUGAGACUUACCGCACCAGGUUUCCACCUCAACCAAAAAGUAAUUUUCUAUCUGACCUCCAAACAUUGUGGGGACUGUUUGUGGACGAGGAGACUCCAGUCAAGGGUGGCUUGGACAAAUUGGUCAAUAUCACAAAGUUGGGAUUAGCAUGCCAAUCAAUGUCACUAAACCAAGAGCCUAUGAUAGCUCAACUUGAGACAGUAUCUGACUGGAUUACAAAAUUAGAAUACCUUCAGUCACUGAGACUGAAAUCUAGAGAUGAAAAAGGUCGACCUUGGACAUUACACUUGAAGUCCUUCGAAAAUAAUGCAUAUCUCACCAACAUGUAUUUGCUGGGAAGUUUGAACAGUUCAUCUAUUCUGUCCCAAUUUCCACUGAGCCUCAUUGAACUUACCCUAUCACAUUCAAAACUACAAGAUGAUCCCAUGAUACUUUUGAAAGAUUUUCCAAAUCUUCGGACACUGUGUUUACUCGCAGAGUCAUACACGGGAACAACUAUGGUUUGCGAAUCUCAUAGCUUUCCUCAGCUUUAUGUAUUAAAACUUUGGAAGUUGGAGCAGUUAGAGGAAUGGAAGAUAGAGCCAGAAGCACUCCCUUGUCUCAGACAGGUAGAAAUCAGAUCAUGUCCCCAUCUGAAAAUGCUUCCUGAUGGACUAGAGCAUAUCAGCACUCUGCUUGAGUUGAAGUUAACAAACAUGCCAAGGGAAAUCAGUCCUGAGACGUUUAACAUCCCACCCAAUUGUCAAGUCGUCCAAACUCAUAUUCAGUAG